AUGGCAACGUACUUCCAACCAACCAAGCACGCUAUCUACACUAUUACCGAGAGAGGGCAGCGGGUUUGCGGUUGGCUUGCGCGGCCUCCAAGCAUCGACAGCGAGGAUAGUCGGGAUAUCAAAGACCCCAAGAGCCGGCUGGCAAAGGAUUCCAACGUCAACCGGCUCAAUGUCAUCCUACAAGAUGCGGCUCUUCGGCUAUUGUUCAAGGAGUUCCUCCGACAGUCCCUCUGCGAGGAGAAUUUGCAAUUCUAUUUCGACGUGUCCGAUUUCACCAGCAAUUAUCGUGCUCUCGAGAAGGCAGGAAAGUUGGACCGACCCGAUGCCGUCAGGGAGACGCUGGCUGCAGCUUAUGGCCUGUACAACUCCUUCCUCGCCUCUGGAGCGCCCUCUGAGCUCAACAUCGACCACUCACUCCGCAACCGACUCGACAGCCGAAUGAUUCGCACCAACACUGAUGAGGAAUCUAUGCGUGGAAGUCUUGAAGAGGUUGUGGAACUGUUUGAGCUUGCCCAGAACGUGGUCUUCAAGCUCAUGGCCAGUGAUUCCGUACCCAAAUUCCUGCGAGAUCCUAGGCACGCUGCCGUCCUUCGAGAUCACGAAAUAGAUUUGAUUGGCUCGAACCGGACACUUUCACCUGGCCCCGAACGAACAGUCAGUCGAUCGAAUACCAGAUCAUGA